GAACGACAUGGAAUCCUUUCAGCAGUUCGAUGUAGCUGUUUUAUUGAAACUUUUGAUGGUCGGUUAUUAAUCGCCAAAGAAAUCUCACAUAUUCUUACGAUUAAGCGGAAAUGCUUUUUCAAAUCAAAAAUCUUGAGAGGUGAAGAAAUCGAAUAA